AAUAUGUUUUACUUUGUUUCAGAUGGCAGAGGGAGACAAGAAGGCUGCCAAGAAGAGGCAUGGGAGCCGAAACCCGGUUCUGGCCCGUGGUCUCGGCCGCUUCUCCCGUUCCGCGAUGAACGCCCGGCGGGCCAUGUACAAAUGGAAAACUAAGACCAGUGAGACCAAGGUGGAGAAGAAGCUCAAGGUGAAGCCCCAGGCCACUGUUGUCAAGACUGUUGGUGGAGACAAAAAUGGAGGCACCCGUGUUGUCAAACUGCGUAAGAUGCCCCGCUACUACCCCACAGAGGAUGUUCCCCGCAAACUGAAGAGCCAUGGGAAGAAGCCUUUCAGUCAGCACAAGAGGAAGCUUCGUGCCUCAAUCACCCCAGGAACUGUCCUCAUUCUGCUCACUGGUCGCCACCGUGGAAAGCGCGUGGUCUUCCUGAAGCAGCUCGCAAGUGGUCUACUGCUUGUCACUGGCCCUCUUGCAUUGAACAGAGUCCCCCUGCGCAGGGCUCACCAGAAGUUCAUCAUUGCCACCAACACCAAAAUCGACAUCUCUGGCAUGAAGAUCCCCAAAACAUUGAAUGAUACCUACUUCAAGAAGAAGAGGCUGAGGAGGCCCCGUCACCAGGAAGGAGAGAUCUUUGAUACAGAGAAAGAGAAGUACCAGCUGACAGAGCAGAGAAAGGAGGACCAGAAGGCUGUUGAUGCUCAGCUCCUGACCCUUGUCAAGAAAACCCCUCAGCUGAGAGGGUACCUGCGCUCUAGCUUCUGCCUGUCUGGCGGUGUCUACCCACACAAGCUGGUCUUCUAAAUGUGUUAUAAUAAAAAGUACCACCAUCCA